AAACCCAACAACGUUUUCCGAUCGACAACAGGUCAACAGUGAUCACUCAUCGGAGAGACACACAGAUGAACAUGGUCUCCACUCCCGGCCUCGCAACUGCUUUUCCGACCCCGAUCGCAACUACUACUCUCCGCACCUCCAAAGCUACUCUUCACCCCCGUCACUCGUGUUUCAAGUCUUUGAUCACCACAAGCCUCAGAGCCCUUCAGUCUCAUGCCCCCGGCUUUAGCCAAGUGUCUGAACUGCCUGAUAUAACUUGGGACAACGUUGGCUUCAACAAUCCUAUGACUACGGAUUAUAUGUUUACUAUGAAGUGUUCUGAAGAUGGAUACUUUUGUGAUGGUGGGUUACAGCGUUUUGGUAAAAUUGAAUUGAACCCAGCUGCCUGUGUUUUGAACUAUGGCCAGGGAGUAAUUGAAGAAUUGAAAGCAUACAAGAAGCUAGAUAAUUCUAUAGUACUCUUUCGUCCAGAGGAAAAUGGAUUGAGGAUGAGAAUGGGAGCAGAGCGCAUGUGUAUGCCUGCACCAACUGUCGAGCAGUUUAUGGAAGCUGUGAAACUUACUGUGUUGGCAAAUAGACGCUGGGUUCCCCCACCAAAUAAAGGCUUUCUACAUAUCAAACCCGUACUGAUGGGGAAUGGACCUGUUCUUAGUGUUAAACCAGCUCCGGAAUUCACCUUUCUCAUAUAUGCUACUUCAAUGGGAAACAACUUUAAGGAAGGACUGCAACCAAUCAACUUAGUGGUUGAAAAUAAAAUCCAUCGUGCAGUUCCUGGUGGAGUUGGAAGUGUUAAUGCCAUAGGGAAUUAUGCUCCGGUUUUGAAGGCACAGGUGGAAGCAAAAGCAAAUGGUUUCUGUGAUGUUUUGUACCUUGAUUCUGUUCACAAAAAAUAUGUGGAACAGACUUCCACUGCUAACAUCUUUCUAGUGAAGGACAAAAUUAUCUCCACUCCAGCACUGGAAGGGACAGUUUUGCCUGGUGUUACACGCAAAAGUAUAAUUGAAAUUGCUCAAAGCCAAGGGUACCAGGUUGAGGAGCGCCCUGUGUCGAUUGAGGAGUUGCUGGAAGCUGAUGAAGUGUUCUGUACUAGAAAUGCUGUCUGUUUAUCACCUAUAGGCAGCAUAACUUACAUGGGAAAAAGGGUGUCUUACCAAGAAACUGGACUUGGUGGAGUUUCUGAGCAACUGUAUCAGGCUCUUUCAAAUAUACAGAUGGGUCUUGCAGAAGACAAUAGGGGUUGGACAGUAACCUUGAAGUAGCAGAAUAUGAGAAUAUACAGAUUAUUAUGGAUGAUUACUACGUUGGAUGCUUAGAUUCAGCAGCUUAUUAACUGAUGGAGUUCUGUUUGUUUUUACACAUAUUUCUUUCUUGCUAUGGAAUAUUUGGAAGCAUCGAUGUGGUUCCAUUUUCAAUCACUUCUCUCCGGAUCCAGUCUUGGUCUCAAAAUUAGCUUCACAGCAAGCAGAUGAAUUUUUAUCAGUUCAGAACAGGCAUCAUCAGAAGAAUUCUCACUCGGUGCUUGUUCCCUCUGCUUCUGGUAAUUGGAUUCCCCCCUUCGGUUGGAACUUUAAAGAUUAAUACUUAUGCUACUUGGAGUUCGGAUUCUUUUAGUUGUGGUUCUCUUCUUCAUGGUGUAGUCUCUGUCGGUCAAGUAAUCUCGGCAGAAGCUGUAGAGGCUCAAGCUCUUCAUCAAGGUCCCAAGUUGGCUAAGUCGGUUGGUUUGAUUUCUUUCUCUAUGGAAGCUGACUGUUUAUCCCUCAUAUCAGCUAUGAAAUCCCCUAAAGGAUCUGUUUCUUGGUCUGCUGCCUCUUGGUUUCAGCAAAUUAAGUCUUUGGCAGGUUCUUUUUCUUCUAUUAACUGGUCCUGGAUCAGUAGGGAGGCAAAUGCAGCAGCUGAUACUGCUGCUCACUUUGCUUCAAGUUUGGAGUGUUCUUUGAACUGGGUUCAUAAUCCUCCUCCUUUCUUGCAGCAUGUUCUUCAAUCGGAUGUGGUCUCUGCUCCUCCUUGAAGUCUAUAUUUUUAGCUUUUAUUCUUCUAGUUUGUAAGGUUUGUAGGGUUCUUUGGUUUGUAAAGAUUGUUAGGUCUGUUGUUUUUGGUUUGUAAGGUUCUGUUGUACAAAAAAAAAAAAAAGUCUUGGUUCAAUUUAGCAAAAUGGAACGGACAUACACGUAUGUCGCUUCUGUUAAUGUGGCUGCCACGACGUCGUUUUCCAAAACAGCAUCCUCCUCCCAAGGCCAAAGGAGUCGGAUUGGAAUGGGUCAACCACCAGUGUCACCACCACGUUUUUUUUCCAGUUCCCAUGCUGGUUUGGUCUUCUGGCCUUCAACCACGGUGACCGUACGUAUCUGAACGACACUACCACUUGCAGAGGUCACGGGU